AUGCUGCUUCUAUCUGAAGUAGUACGAAAGGAGCUUCCCCAUGUGGAUUUCAAUUUGCCGGUGGAACCUCACUCGGGGAUUCUAUCGCGAUUAUGGCGCUUGCUCAAUAUGAUAUCUUCGAAGUAGGUUGGAAAUUGAAGGAGUCUAUGAGGAAGGAGUGAAGAUGCGGAUGAUACAACAGAGGAAGGGAAGAUACAACAGAGUAAGUGAAGAUACAGCAGAGGAAGUGAAGAUACAACAGAGUAAGUGAAGAUACAAGAGAGGAAGUGAAGAUACAGCAGAGGAAGUGAAGAGACAACAGAGGAAGGGAAGAUACAACAGAGGAAGUGAAGACACAACACAGGAAGUGAAGACACGUUAGAAAUUGAAUGUCUUGAGGAGAUUUCGAAGUUCCCCUGCUGUGGUUAUAUAUUUGUUCGUUGCUGCAUAGUAAAGACUUCUAAUGCAACAUCCUCCGAGCUUGAAGACAGCUGCAAAUAACACGCUGCAAAACACAGAAGAGUACCGCAUCCUUGCCGAGGAGGCCACAAUGUAUCCGCCUAUCGUCGUAGCGUGUGGUAAUUGGUUCCCACGGGAAGAGACUUCGUAUUUCACUUUGGAUCAUGAAAGAACAAAUGAUACUGUCAAUCAUGGUCCCGUCAACCAUUGGUUAUGGGCAAGAUUUACAGUGUCCAUCUUUCUCAGCAUGUUACAGUACCUUUUUCCUCCAGGGAAAAGGCACCAACAUGAAGGGACUUCUGAGAUGGAUUCAAGCUGACUCGUCCUCUAAGUCGACGUGUGAAAAAACGUCGUCGCAUCUUGUCGCUCUUGCUGCACAGUCGUCGCGUUUGUCAAUUAAGGCUAGCAACAUGUUCAGCAGUGACACGGUCACGUCCGAUAGGUUGAUUCAUUAAGCAGUGACACGGUCACGUCCGAUAGGUUGAUUCAUUGAUUGAUUCAUUGAUUCAUUGAUUGAGCAUCGCCACUUGAUUGAUUGAUUGAUGUUAUUACAUUGAUUGUCGGAGGAGGAGAUUAUAGCCGUUUCGUGGUUCCUCCUUCUUCAAUCAACAUGUUCUUCUUGUUUCUUACACAGGAGUUACAACUUAUUGUUCUUACACAACUGGCUGUCGUGGUAGCUCUUCUAAUUGGAGCAACCGGCCUGAGGUCAUUGUCACACGCAGUGACUGUGUGCGCUAGAGACGGUAAUGUUUUUGCUCUACUUGAAUUGCGUGCGAAAUUUUGUGGCACCACAGAAGCAGAGCGAAAAUGCCGUUCUCCUUUGAGAUGCUUGCCCUUAGAGGGUACACCGGAGCAACGGGAUACGCCGCUUUUGUUAAGACAUCUUUCCUUUCCUCCACACUAUAAAGUCGUUCUUUUUUGUACUAACUUACAAUUAGUUUUUAAACUUUUAGGUAUUUCUAUUUACAACUUUGGAGUAGAUAGAAGCACUUUCAGAUCUCGUCUCUACGGUCAUCAGGAAAGUUGGCAAUAGGGACCUAUCAUGCAUGAAUUGGAGUAGAUACAUAAGAUCUAUAAUUAGUAACAGAAGUUCUCAAGUAGAAGGUCAUCAUCUUGUACAACUAUGCGUAUACCUAUCUAGUACGGCUGUUCUAAUACCAUGUGCUGCGAGGCGCGGCCAUCUUGGGAUUGUGCAGCUGUUAGUGUCUUGGGGUGCUUACCUCUGUCCUGUGAAGUCGUACCCGGAAACAGUGUUGUGCACAGCAGUGGACGAAGGGCAUGCUGCGAUUGUGGAAUUUCUAUUAGGACGUUGCGAAGGUCGUGGUGGAGCAGGUGUAGGUGGAGGAGGAGCUCUUGAAGGAGGCCAAUCAUGUCAGGAACAAGAAGAACAACUAGAGGACGAAGGAGAAGAGCGUGUAGCUGGCUUUGGUGUCCACAACUACGGCUGCAAGAAUGUUGCUCUUGCAGAUCAACGGAGAUUGGUUUUUAGCGAAGGCAAAGCUUUUCCAGGUCUUGCUUCACCUCCGAAUAACAGCUUCUGCAUCCAUACUAGUACUACGGAACAACAUCAAAGGAGUACGGAACAACAACAAAACAAGAACGACUUCUGCGGCGAUGAUGAUCAAGCUUUAUUGAAGAAGCAGUUGGAGGACAGUUCUUGUAGUUUGUUCUCUAGUAAAAAUCAUCUACGUGGUUCGACAUCGAAAGAAGACUACACAACAACAACAACUACACCACCAGUUUUUGCUGGGCAGCACAUUCGUGAUUACUUAUUGAGUAAACCUGUGCGUCACGGGUUACUGGUUCGCGCAGUCACUGCACGAUUUGGGGAUGUGGUGGAAGCGCUUUUGCGUGCGGGCUUGUCCCCCAAUGUUACGGGUUACCACAGUGCAUACUGCAUGAACAUCGCUGACUCUUUUCCCAGUAAGAAAGAAGUCAGGGCUGUUCUGAAGAAGGCAAUGUCGCAACCUCUAACCAAGAGGCCGCGUCGGGGGGGUUUACACCUCUCAUGGCAGCGGCUGUUUCUGGACAACUCGCUGUUGCAAAAAUUCUUCACACCUUCGGAGCAGACGCCACAACCAUUGACGUUCGUGCAAGACUCUCAGCAAAGGCAUAUGCAGAGCGUGCUGGCUUUAAGAGCGUCGCUCUGUUUCUAAAUUUAAGGCUCCAGCACAAAACCCGAGGACCUCAGGUGGAUCCUGUUUAAGUACUCUUGCGCUGGCACUAGUGCCUGUUGUAUUGAGGCCAGUACUUUUGGGGUAAGUAUGAUUUUAACGGGAUCUAUUCACAGGAUGGGUUAGGAGUAGCUCUAACAUAGUACGCCGAAGAAGAAGCUGCUGGUCGAGUCUUGCGCACCCAAGAGAAGCGCCGUGGAAGCUGGUGGUGCGCAUCCGAAGAUGAGGAUACCUUCAAUAGCAAUGUUGAUGAUCAAAUUUUCAAACUACAAGUACGAGAUCAGCAGGGUCAGCAUGAACAGCAUCAAAUGCAAUUUGGGGUAGAAGACCCACCACGUGAACAGCAUCUUCAAGAACAAGAGGAUGAAGAUGUGUCAAAUCAGUCAGAACGUCGAGAAGAGAACGACACUAAUGAAGCAUGUUCACCGGUUUCGCAUAGCGAUGAAAGUGAGUUCUUUGAGGAGAUUCUAGUACUAGAAGCAGCUGCACCAGGACAAGAUGAUCUUGAAGAUGAUUAUCUCGAGGAAGGACUAGAACCUACACAUCAAAAGGAGGAUGAUCUUCGUCUUCUACAGCAGGUCUCUCUACUCAUAAGUGAGCUGCCAACUAUAACAACAAGUACAACUUCUAGGCUGGUGCUGCAGGAACAUGAUGAUUAUCAUCUUCGAGGACGAUGGGGAGAUGAACAAGUAGAAGACCACUUAAAAGAGGAUAGUGAUAGAAAACUAGAGGAUAGAAAUGAUGAUAGAAAACUAGUACUGCUAGAGAUGCAGAAAGAGGACGCUGCAUGUCUAGUACACGAGCAAGUAGAAGAUGUUGACGCACGGGAUAAGGACGCUACAACUAGUCUUGAUCAAGAAGCGCCUAGUUGUCUGGAUCAAGAAGCGUCUAGUUGUCUGGAAGAAGAGGCUCCGAGUCAUCUGGAGACUACGGAUGAUGGUGGGGGUGGAGGAUCUUCCUGCUGCGACACUGACUCCCUAGAUUCAGACGGCUUAUUUCUUUUCACUUGUAGCGACGUAUUUGAGGACUAA